GUUCAUACAAAGUUCCACUGCAGGCAGGCACAUGCUUCUGGCACAGAAACUUCAUGCUUGACGUUUUCCUAUGAUGGUACUGUCCUUGCUAGUCGAGGAGGAGAUGAUACAUUAAAAACAUGGGAUAUCAGGCAAUUUAAAAAACCUAUUAACUCAGUUGAAGGUCUGUCCAGCUUCUUCCCAAUGACAGAUUGCUGUUUCAGCCCAGAUGAUAAGUUAAUUGUCACGGGCACCUCUAUUAAGAAAGGAGGUGGCAAUGGGAAGCUUAUUUUCUUUGAACGGGAGACAUUCCAAAAGGUGUAUGAAAUAGAAGUCACAGAUGCUAGUGUUGUGCGUUGUCUUUGGCAUCCCAAGCUAAACCAGAUCAUGGUUGGUACAGGAAAUGGAUUGGCUAAAGUAUAUUAUGAUCCAGUCAAAAGCCAGAGGGGAGCAAAACUAUGUGUGGUUAAAACAAAACGAAAAGCCAGACAGGCAGAGACUCUUACACAGGAUUACAUUAUAACACCUCAUGCCCUUCCAAUGUUUCGUGAACCGCGGCAACGAAGUACCAGGAAACAGUUGGAAAAGGAUAGGCUGGAUCCCCUGAAAUCUCACAAACCAGAACCUCCAGUAGCAGGACCAGGUCGUGGGGGCCGUGUUGGAACUCAUGGAGGUACAUUGUCAUCAUACAUAGUCAAGAAUAUUGCAUUGGAUAAGACUGAUGAUAGCAACCCCCGAGAGGCCAUUUUACGACAUGCAAAGGAAGCUGAGGAUAACCCCUACUGGGUUGCUCCAGCCUAUUCUAAGACUCAACCAAAAGCAGUUUUUGCAGAAGUGGAAUCAGAGGAAGAUGAAACAGACAAUAAGCCAGAGUGGAAAAAACGUAAAAUAUGAAGAACUUGAUUUGGGGAGGGUGACUGUGGAUUCAAAACAAAGUGGAGAGUUUUUUCAUUAUGCAAUAAAAGUUUGAAUUCUUUACAAACAGAAAUUCUUUUAAUACAUUGCACAGUUUGGAACAAGCCGACAGAAGAUGAUUGUUGCAUUACAGUGGACUAGAAUUGUUGAUCUGCCUUUUGUAAUAAGGAGUUAAUUAUAUUAUGCAAAAAUCUUAUGUCAUUUUCUUAACUUUUGAUUUAUAAAAAAAGUAUUUGUUUGUAAUUUUUAACCAGAAUACAUCUUCAAUGAUUAAUGAGAAAGCAGCAUUUUACUGUAAUAUUCCAUCUGAGGAUUAUAAGUAAGAACAUAAAAACUGGAGUUUUUCAGGCUUCUUUUAUUUAUUCCAAUAACAUCUAUCAAGCUGUGUAAAAAAGUCAUGGUUUCACAUUUUUUAGGAAUAUCAGUUUAGGAUAAUUCUUCAGCAUCAGGUUUGUUUAGCUGGUGUGAUAGUUUUGUAAAACAUCAAAUAUUUUCUAGUAUUUAUGGCUUUUCUGAAAUAUGUUCUUUUGAAUUGUGCAGUAUCUCACAUUACUGGUAAAGAUUUUAUUUUAUAAGCCAUAUGGAGUAAGAAUGUACAAUUCUGUAUAUUUGUCUGAAUUAAAACAUUGUACACUUGUUACUUUU